AUGUUGGGGGGGAGUGUUACUCAAAACUCUUCGCGGGCUUUUCCAGAAUCGGGAGGAAACGCCCCCUGGUGCGCGCACUGGGAAGGGAAAGGGGGAGGCUGGGGGAGAGAGGUGGAGGGGGGGCUGAAGGGAGUGUCAAGGGUCGACUCAACAAGUCAUCUCUUUCCCAGCGACCCCUUUCCCUUUCUACUCUUCAUCCGCCCCGUCCCCUCCCCUUCUCAUCUAAUCUGGCCUCCUCCUUUCCCUCCUUUCUUCCUUCCCCCGUCGCGCCCUCCGACCCGCCCUCCGCACGAGCAGUGGAAGCAGGCGGGCAUGUGGGUCGCAGGAGCGGCCGCAGCAGCCGUGGGCGUGCAAGUCAGCGCGCAAGUGCUUGAGGCACUUGACAAGGUCCCCUUCCUAGCGGACCUGGAGGUGCUGGUGGGUACGGGCGUGGCGCUCAACUUCCUCUCCUCCUACGUCCGCGGAGGGCCGGCGCGAGCGCGGGUGCAGGCGAGCAUAGACAGCAUAGUGGACGCCAUUAAAGGCUUCGACUCGCCCACCGACUCGGACCUUCAGCUGCAGCUGCAACAGCUUGUUGCCGACACCACCGUCGUCGCUACUCCCUCUCUCGCCUCCGCCUCCACCUCCUCCGCCUCCAUCUCCCCUUCCUCUUUCUCCUCCGCGUCAUCCUCCUCCUCCUCCUCGCCCUCCUCGCCCUCCUUCGCUGCUCGAAUUGCCGGUACGGGGCUGUUCAAGGCAAGGGGAGGGCAGAGCGCCAAGGAAGUGGGCAGGCAGGCGAGGCCAGCCGAGUUGACCUUCGGAGGGAUUAGGGAGGAGGGAGAGAGAGCAGAGGAAGGAGAAGAGGUGGUGCUGGUGAAGAAACAGUCGCUGAUCAGCCGGUUGGUGGAUUUUGUCCGGGGCAAGGAGGUCAAGACAAAACGUGCCACCCUCGCGCUGCAGGCCGAGGCCGCCCGGUCGCAGGCGCUGCAGUCCCGGGCGGCGGAUCUGAACCAGUCGCUGCAGGCCAGCAAGCGGGCGGCGCAGGCUGCCGCCCAGAAGCUGGAGGAGCUGCGGGCGGCGAACGGGCGGCUGCAGGCGGAGCGGAGCGAGUCCCGGGCGGCAAUGGGCGGACUACAGCAGGAAGUGGCGUCGCUGUCUGCCGCCCUGGGGAGCCUCACAGCUGACACAGACGCUCUGAAGCAGUCCAAGGAGAAGUUGGCGUCCAAGGUGCAGGCAGCACUCACGGACAACCAGUCUCUGCAGGCCAGCCUGGCAUCGGCGAAAUCCCGGCAGCAGCAGCAGGUGGCGGCGGCAGAGGCGAUGCGCGCCCAGCUGAGAGCCGCCGAGGCCACGCUGGGUGAAAGGGAGGAGGUGCUCCGAAGGGCGCAGGCGGAGAGCGCGCAGGAGAAGACGACGUACGCCGCCCGGCUUGAGGGCGUGAAGAGGGAGAGGGACGAGGCACAGGCAGCGGUGGUGGUGGUGGAGGCGCGGCUGGCAGCACUGGAAGCAAAGCUGCAGCAAGCAGCACAGACCCGCACGGAGAUCUUCAAGAACAACGCCGAGCUCAAAGCCAGGCUGGAGUCCGUCUUGCAGCAAAACCGCGACCUUGCCACCCAGGCCGCCCGGAUGGAGGAGAGCGGGCGGCAGGUUUCGGCGGUAUUCGAGCAGCGGGAGGGUGCGCUGGUGCAGCAGAUCCGGAACCGGGAGGCUGAGUUGGCGGCGCAGAAGAAACGGGCGGCUGCUGAGCUGGCGGGGGUGGAAUCCAGGCUGGAAGGGGAGCUGAGGAAGGCUGAGGAGGAGAAGCAGAAAUACAUGCAGGCUUGUGAUUGGCUGGAGAAGCAGCUUGCUUCUCUCAAGGCGGAGAAUGAGACGACGAUUGCCGACCUUCGCUCGUCUCUGGCUUUUGCCGAGCAACGGGCCAAGGAGGAGGGUGCCAAGGUGGUUCAGCUGCGCGCUGAGCUGGACAAGCAGACGAAAGAUGCUGACCGGCACAAGGCGGCGCUGAAAAAGAAGGUGGCUGAGCUGGAGGGCAAGCUGGGAUCCAGCCAAUCACAGCUCUCCAUUGCCGAGAAGGCUCUUGCCACUGCCACGGCUGCAGCCAAUCGUGUGAAGACAGCUGGACUGGCGGGACUGGUGGUGCCGGCUGUAGCGCCUAGUAAGGGGGCAGCUGUAGCAGGAGCAGGAGCAAUGGCAGGCAAAGCUGUGACAGAAAAGGAGCAAGGGAGGAAGAGUGGGAAGGCUGUAGUGGUGAGCAAGAAGCAGCAGGAGGAGAAGGAGAGGGAGCAGGAGAGGGCGGGGGGGAUGAGGGAGGGUGACCUAAAGGUGUAUGCACGGGCCAUCUUCCCUGCAUAUGUGGAUGUGAGGGGACCGGCUUUGGAACAGACCCGAGGAGUCAACGCUCUCGUGCUGGACAUGGUGAGCAAGGGAGCGGAGGAGCAGUGGGCGAGGAAGCAUGUGACAGAGUCUCUGCUCAAGCCCGCCCUGGCUGCUGCUGAUGCUGCCGCUGCUGCGAAGACUAGCAGUGGUGCUGGCAGUGACAAGGCAGGCAAGAAGCGCGUGAGCAAGGAGGCGUUGCAGUCGUAUGCGAGGGCCAUCCAGCACGCCUAUAUCGACGAUUCCAUUCCAGUCAAGGAGCAGCAGGCAGGCAUGCAGCUGCUCGUGCAGGAGUUGGUGGCGAUGGGAGGAGAGGAGGAGUGGGCUCGCAGCUUCGUGCAUGACUCCAUGGCCGCCACACCUGCCAGCCCGCGCAAGUGA